AUGGUUCGAUAUCAUAUACAGCGUAUUGGAUGGUAUUUCUGGCGGACGCGCGAGCACCUGGCCGACGAACGAUGCCUGACCACGGAAAAUAAUGAACAGGUCAACCGAGGCCGGCCAGUAUUGACACUUCGCGUUCAUUUACAUCGUAAUGAUGCCAAAGUGUCAGCGCUGUCAGGCGCACGACAACUCGGCGCCGAACGGCUGACAGGAACCGUCGAGGGAUGGGAAGAACGAUUUUGCGGUCGGCUAAACAAAUUAUCGCAUUUCGAUAACGAGGCCACUCAUAAAGCGACGAUGGCUAUCUGGAAACCGAACCCUACUCCAAAAUCAUCCAACGAGCGAGAGGGAUCACAGGAAGGGGGCAGAGAAUCGUCUGUCAGGCAAGUGAAAAGAAGCAAAACGAUCGGAGAAGUAGCGACGCUCGAAAGUCAAACGAUGGGUAGACGAAAGGAAAAGGGGACGAAAGACGUGUCCGUCAAUUGGAAUUAUUGGGAACACGGGAGCCGGGAGAAAGCGAAGCGAAGCGAACGAAGCAGCUGGUGGUCCAGCGGUGGGCAUCGCCGGGGGCGGUGA